GCGCGUGUCAAAUGGAACAAUGUAACGGAUCGGAGUUGACAGCCUCAGUCGAGAGGUUACUGAUUAAUCACGGUCCGGCUCCAUAACCAUAGAUAAGGGCACGAGAUCCGCCUGAAUGACAGGAGAAUGCCAGCAGGUCCGCACUGAGCAUUUUAGUGUCUUCUUUACAAGGAAAAUUUGCUUUGAAUGGGGAACGUAAUUUGCAUGCUACCCAAGUUCAGGCAGGAUCUUACACAAGCCUGGAGACGGGGAACGCACCUGCCUCUCUUCCUCGACCUGUAGACUCAUUCAUCAGCACCAACCGUCUUUAAUGGGAUAAAUUAUCUCCAGAGAUCAGGUGAACAGCUGAUCUAAACUCAAGUAAGACCCUCCAGCUUCUUAAUUUCUUCUUAAUUGACAUUUUACAUCCUAAGGCCUCCGCAUGGUACUCUGGUCGAAAGAUCAAGACAAACUGUCCGACAUGUCCACCGGGACGGAAAGGAUAGAGAUGAAGAAGGAGGGGGCUCCACCAGCGUUCCACCACUCCAAUGGGUCGGUCCAUCCGGUUAUACUACCCGACAUCCCCGAGGAGGUGCCCCAGACCCCCGGGGAGUACGAACUCACAGAAGUGACCUCCAUACCGGACCGCAGUGAUCAGGAGAACGAACGGCCAGACAUGGUGGUCCUUGACUGUCGGGCCAACGCAAAGGGCCAGAGGGAAGAGGACGCGCUCCUGGAGAACGCCAGCCAAAGCAACGAGAGUGAUGACACUAGUACGGACCAAAGCCCGGUGCCGCCGGCUCCACUAAAGGAAACGUCCUUUUCUAUUGGACUCCAGGUUUUGUUCCCUUUCCUGCUGGCAGGGUUUGGGACAGUUGCAGCUGGCAUGGUUCUGGACAUUGUUCAGCACUGGACGGUAUUCACAGAGGUGACUGAAGUCUUUAUCCUGGUGCCUGCUCUCCUGGGCCUGAAAGGGAACUUGGAGAUGACCCUCGCGUCCAGGCUGUCUACUGCAGUUCAGGCCACAGUAGUCGGCUUCCUGGCUUCCAUCGCUGCAGUCAUUUUUGGCUGGAUUCCAGAGGGUAAUUUUAAGAUGGGCCAUGCCGUCCUGCUCUGUGCCAGCAGUGUGGCCACCGCAUUCAUCGCUUCUUUGCUGCUAGGUCUUAUCAUGAUUGGGGUUAUCAUUGCAUCCAGGAAGGUUGGCAUCAACCCAGACAAUGUGGCCACCCCAAUUGCAGCCAGCCUCGGUGACCUGAUCACCCUGGCGCUGUUGGCUAGCAUCAGUACGGGGCUGUAUAAGGAGCUCGAAUUCAAUGACUAUGCCAACCCGAUGGUUUGUGCCUUCUUUGUCGCCCUGACACCCAUCUGGGUACUUAUCGCCCGGCGGACACCUUCCACCCGGGAAGUGCUCUACUCAGGGUGGGAGCCAGUCAUUAUCGCCAUGGCGAUCAGCAGGGCAGAUGUAUCGGUGGUAAAGUCAUCCAAAGCAAAGCCACCGAGAUCCCCAUGA